CGCGCCCACCAGAGCCCAGUUGAGCUGAAGAGUCUGGAGCGCACAGCCGGGAGCGCGGGGCGUCGGUGCCCUUGACCAUGGCGGCGUCCGCGCUCCUGCUGGUCCUGGCGCUCGCGAUGCCGCGGGCGGCCGGUGCGGGCAUGGGCGCGUGUUACGACAGCGCGGGGCGCGCGCAGCGCUGUCUGCCGGUGUUUGAGAACGCAGCAUUUGGCCGGCUCGCCGAGGCCUCGCACACGUGCGGCCACCCACCCGAGGACUUCUGCCCGCACGUGGGCGCGCUGGGGGGCGCCGGGGCGCAGUGCCAGCGCUGCGACGCCACGGACCCCCUGCGCCACCACAAUGCCUCCUACCUCACCGACUUCCACAGCGAGGACGACAGCACCUGGUGGCAGAGCCCGUCCAUGGCCUUCGGCGUGCAGUACCCCACCUCGGUUAACAUCACCCUGCGCCUGGGGAAAGCCUACGAGAUCACCUACGUGCGGCUGAAGUUCCACACCAGCCGCCCCGAGAGCUUCGCCAUCUACAAGCGCAGCCGCGCGGGGCCCUGGGAGCCCUACCAGUACUACAGCGCCUCCUGCUGGAAGACCUACGGCCGGCCCGAGGGCCACUUCCUGCGCCCCGGCCAGGACGAGCGCGUGGCCUUCUGCACCUCGGAGUUCAGCGACAUCUCCCCGCUGAGCGGGGGCAACGUGGCCUUCUCCACCCUGGAGGGCCGGCCCAGCGCCUACAACUUCGAGGAGAGCCCCCUGCUGCAGGAGUGGGUCACCAGCACCGAGCUGCUCAUCUCCCUGGACCGGCUCAACACGUUUGGGGACGACAUCUUCAAGGACCCGAAGGUGCUGCAGUCCUACUACUACGCCGUGUCUGACUUCUCCGUGGGCGGCAGGUGCAAGUGUCACGGCCACGCCAGCGAGUGCGGCCCCGACACGGCAGGCCGGCUGGUCUGCCGGUGCCAGCACAACACCACGGGCGUGGACUGCGAGCGCUGCCUGCCCUUCUUCCAGGACCGCCCAUGGGCGCGGGGCACAGCCGAGGCCGCCAAUGAGUGCCUGCCUUGCAACUGCAGCGGCCGCUCGGAGCAGUGUGUGUUCGACCGGGAGCUCUUCCGUAGCACGGGCCACGGCGGGCGCUGCCUGCGGUGCCGCGACAACACGGCCGGGCCGCACUGCCAGCACUGCCGGGAGAACUUCUACCGCUGGAACCCGUCCACACCCUGCCAGCCCUGCGACUGCCACCCGGCAGGCUCCCUGCGCCUCCAGUGCGAUGACUCGGGCACCUGCAUCUGCAAGGCCACGGUGACCGGCUGGAAGUGUGACCGCUGCCUGCCCGGGUUCCACUCGCUCAGCGAGGGAGGCUGCAGACCCUGCGCCUGCCAUCCCGCUGGCAGCCUGGGCACCUGUGACCCCCGCAGCGGGCGCUGCCCCUGCAAAGAGAACGUGGAAGGCAGCCAGUGCGACAGAUGCCGCCCAGGGACCUUCAACCUGCAGCCCCACAACCCCGCUGGCUGCAGCAGCUGCUUCUGCCAUGGCCACUCCAAGGUGUGUGCGGCCGCUGCCGGGUUCCGGGUGCACCGCAUCCUCUCCGACUUCCGCCGAGGAGCAGGUGGCUGGCGGGCCAGCAGCAUGGGGGACCCAGAGCAUCCUGCACAGUGGAGCCCAAGGGGGCUCCCCCUGGACCCAGAAGGCGAGGCGGAGCUCACAGCACCAGAGACGUUCCUGGGUGACCAGCGGUUCAGCUACGGGCAGCCCCUCACACUGACCUUCCGGGUGCCCCCGGGGGGCUCCCUGCCCCCCGUGCAGCUGAGGCUGGAAGGGGCGGGCCUGGCCCUGACCCUGCGCCAUUCCAGCCUGUCGGGCCCCCCGGACGCCGGGCAGCCCGGGGAGGCACAGCUCGAGUUCCGGCUGCAGGAGACCUACGAGGACGCGGAGCCCCCGCUGCCCCCUUUCCACUUCCAGCGGCUGCUCGCCAACCUCACCGCUCUGCACAUCCGGACCGGCCCGAGCCCCUCCGGCCCCGUGCUCCUGAUGGAGGUCCGGCUCACGUCUGCCCAGCCGGGGCUCUCCCCGCCGGCCCCCUGGGUGGAGACCUGCUCGUGCCCCCAGGGGUACGAGGGCCGGUUCUGUGAAUCCUGCGCCCCAGGAUACAAGAGGGAGACCCCCCUGGGGGGCCCCUACGCCAGCUGCGUCCCCUGCAGCUGUAAUCAGCACGGCACCUGUGACCCUAACACAGGGAUCUGCCUGUGCGGCCACCACACCGAGGGCCCAUCCUGCGAGCGCUGCUUGCCGGGUUUCUAUGGCAACCCCUUCGCAGGCCGCACUGAUGACUGCCAGCCUUGUCCAUGCCCUGGACAGUCGUCCUGCGCCACCGUCCCGGAGAGCGGGGAGGUGGUGUGCACCCACUGCCCCCCGGGCCAGAGAGGGCGGCGCUGCGAGACCUGUGACGACGGCUUCUUUGGGGACCCGCUGGGACUCUCUGGGGACCCCGAGCCCUGCCGGCGGUGCCAGUGCAGCGGGAACGUGGACCCCAACGCCGUGGGCAACUGCGACCCCCUGUCGGGCCACUGCCUGCGCUGCCUGCACAACACGGCGGGCGCCCACUGCGAGCGCUGUGGGCGGGGCUUCUUCGGCAGCGCCCUGGCCCCGCGCGCCGCAGACAAGUGCGCGGCCUGCAGCUGCGACCCAGGGGGCUCCGUCAGCGGGCAGAGACCCUGCGACCCAGUGACCGGCCAGUGCGCCUGCCUGCCUCACGUGACCGGACGGGACUGCGGCCACUGCAGCCCAGGCUUCUACGACCUCCGGCCCGGGAAGGGCUGCCGGAGCUGCAAGUGCCACCCGCUGGGCUCCCAGGAGGACCGGUGCCACCCCAAGACUGGGCAGUGCCCCUGCCGCCCCGGCGUCCAGGGCCGGGCCUGCGACAGAUGCCAGCUGGGUUUCUUCGGCUUCUCCGUCAAGGGCUGCCGGGCCUGCAGGUGCUCCUCCCUGGGCUCCACCUCGGCCCAGUGCCACGAGAACAGCACGUGCGUGUGCAAGCCCGGCUUCGUGGGCUACAAGUGUGACCGCUGCCAGGACAACUUCUUCCUCACGGCUGGCGGUGCACAGUGCCAGGAGUGCCCCUCCUGCUACGGCCUGGUGAAGGAGGAGGCUGCCAAGCUGAAGGCCAGGCUGACCCUGAUGGAGGGGUGGCUUCAGGGGUCCGACUGUGGAAGCCCCUGGGGGCCAGUGGACACUCUUCAGGGAGAGGCCCCUCGGGGGGACAUCUACCAGGACCACCAGCUGCACGCAUUCCGGGAAGCCUUCCUGGCGCAGGCGGCAGGCCUCAAGGGAGCUGUGAGGGCCGCCCGGCAGCAGCUGCAGGCGCUGAGCGGGAGUGCCCGCUGCGGCCAGGCCGGAGCCGGGAAGACCUGCCUCCCGCUGGCAGACGUGGCAGCGGCCCUGGAGUCCGCAGAGGAGGAGGUUCUGCGUUCGGCCACCGUCCUCGCAUCUCUGGUGAUUCCUCAGGAAGUCCCGGGCCAGCUCGCCAACUGGAGCCACCUGGCCACAGAGGCCCGUGACCUCGCCAGGAGCCACAAGGACAUUGCCGCCAAGAUCAAGGCCAUGGCUCGAAGGGCUCUGCUCGCCUCCCAGACUGGUCACAUGCUUCUCUGGAGUCUGGUGGAGGGCAGAGGGGCCCUGGAGGCUCGGCAGGAGCUGGAGGACAGGUACCAGGAGGUCCAGGCGGCCCAGAAGGCACUGGGCGCAGCCGUGGCGGAGGCGCUGCCCGAAGCCGAGAGGGCGCUGGCCACCGUGCGUCAAGUUGGCGCCGACGCAGCCCCGCACCUGACCUCGCUGGCCGCCCCUGCAGCACUGAAUUCCAGGGCCCGGGACCUGGGCCUGAAGGCGCAGGCCCUGAAGAAGAUGGUCAUCUCCAAGGAGCGGGAGGUCACCGAGGCCGCCCGGGCCCUCCGGGCGACUGCCCGGGCUGCGCUGCACGGGACAGAGCCCCUCACGCAGCUGCAGCGCGAGGCCAGAGCUGCCCUGACCCGGGCAUCCUCGUCCGUCCAGGCUGCCAGAGUGACCGUCCUGGGAGCCAGGACCCUGCUGGCUGACCUGGAAGGCAUGACGCCACAGUUUCCUCGGCCCAAGGACCAGGCCGUGCUGAGCAGGAAGGCAGGCGUCGUCCGGAGCAGGAUCCUUGCAGACGCGAGAAAGAAGACCAAGCAGGCGGAGAAGAUGCUGGGAGACUCGGCACCUGUCUCCUCCAGUGCCAGGAAAAAGGGCGUGGAGGCCGCGCUGCUGGCCAAGAACAGUGCCAAGCUCGCCAAGGCCUUGCUGAGGGAGGGGGAGCAGGAACGCCGCCACGCCAGGCGGCUCUCCGGCCAGACGCGGGCGACGCUGCGCCAGGCCUCCCAGCAGGUGGUCGCCUCGAGGGCCCGGAGACAGGAGCUGGAGGAGGCAGAGCGGGUGGGUGCGGGGCUGAGCCGGAUGGGGCGGCAGAUCCAGGAAUCGCGCGCCUCCCUGGAGAAGGACAUCGGGGCCUUGUUGGAGCUGCUCUCCGGGCUGGGGUCGCUGGACACCCAUCAGGCCCCCGCCCAGGCCCUGAACGAGACCGGGCGGGCACUGGAGCGCCUGCGGCUGCGGCUGGGCCCGCCCGGGCCCCUGCAGGGGAAACUCAGGCUGUUGGAGCAGGAGUCCGAGCGGCAGGAGCUGCAGAUCCAGAGCUUCGAGAGCGACCUCGCCGAGGUCCGCGCCGACAAGCAGAACCUGGAGGCCAUUCUGCAGAGUCUGCCCGAGAGCUGCGCCAGCUGGCAGUGAGCGCCCCCGGCCCGAGGCCGGCGCCACACCCACCGGUGCGCCCGUGCGAACACACGCCCUUCCGUGACCCCCGUCCAGCAGGAGGCAUGUGCACUCAGGGUUCACCACUGCGUACACUCCCUGCCAGGCACACACACAAACACGCACACCUCCACAGCACACGGACACGCUGUGGACACGUGCCUGUGGGUGCGGUGCACACGUGUGCACAGGCCCCUCUGGGCACGCACACCCAUGCAGCCCAUGCACAGCUGCUUCCUGAGCGCCACCGGGUGCCGCAGACCCUCUGGGCGCUGGGGAGCUAAGUCAGACACGCUGUGGCACUGACAUGCGCCCUGUCACUCCUGAAAGCGUGGGCCCAGGCAGGGCUGGUGCCUGGGAGGCUGCGGGGGCAUCUGCAGAGAUCCAGGGGGGGUUCCAGAGCUGCCAUCUGUCCCACCACGGUCCCCCACCCCUGUCGCCCCUGCACACACAUACAACCAGCAGCUCUGCACAAGUGAGGGACAGGCAGGCCGACAAACGCAAGGUCCUAGCGGUUCUCAGCAGUGGACCUGAGGCCCAGGACUCCGGGGGCACGGUACAGCCUGCUGGGCCCGCGGGGAUGGCCGUCCCCUGCAGGGGGACCACUGGCGUCAUGGAAUACUUCCUUCUCAGGGUCCUGCUGCCCCUCCCUUUGAGCCUGUGGCCUGUCCAAGGCGCUGCUGGGCCUCAAGGGCCUGAGGGUGCCUGGGUCAGGGGGACACAGGUAGCAGGGAGCUGCCCUCUGUGACCCCACUGACCCCGGAUGGCCUCUGACUGACUGACACUUCCCAAACUGGCACUGGGGUGCUGUGGCCCUGCCUGCCGGGAGGGAGGCCUCUGCUGGGGCAGAGGCCCGGCUGCCUUUCCAGUCUGUCCUGCUGGGGAAUCCCCCUGUGGCCAGGCCCCCCUGCUGGCCUCUGCCCAGGAUUCCCUGGCAUUUCCUCCUGGCACCCCUCCCCUUUCCAUGGGCCCUUUUCCAACAGAUGGCAGGGCCUUGGCACCAGGGGGUUGGGGGCCACAGGGGGGCCCAGGCCCCUCCCACAGCUGAGGCCUGCCCCCAGCUUGGGGGACAGGCAGCAGCAGUCAAGUUCUGUUUAACGUGGAAAUAAAGGUCCUCUUUACCAGC